AUGAGACAUUGUGGUCAACGGAGGAAAUAUAACUCAGAAAAUGCCUCUAAUGAUGAAAGCCCUGGAACCAGCAGUGUUUCACCACCACGAAACCGUCAAGUGAUUAGAACAAAGCGAAGGUCAGAAGAAGCUAAUGGUGAACCGCAAUCAUCCUGUAAAAGGGAGAGAGUAGAGGAAAGCAGUUGUUUACGGCAAACUCUUGAUGAGAUGACAAAGCGCUUCAAUGAACUAAUAGAAAAUCUAAUGUCUGAUUAUAUUAAAGGUUCAAAUCCAAGUGGAAAUAUUAAGGCAAUGAUGGCAGAAUUGUUGAAUGUAUACCAAGUUGUUGACAGUCAGUUUAUGAAACUGUUGGGUUCAAUUACCAGAUCAAUUGCAUUCAUAGAUGAUAUCGAAGAUGAAUUGAAAAGUUCAGCCAAUCAAUCCCAAUUUGAUUUAGGCAAGUUGGUUCUAUCUUAUAACUUCUGA